AUGCGUGGCAUUCCACGUUUCAAGGGAGUUUGGAAAUACAGUCUUGUAGCUUGUGUUGCUUUCAACGGAACGGCUGUUGUAAACCAGUACAAGAGUGUGCACUCCGGCAAAGAAGAUACGUUUAUUAGUAGUCAACGUCACAUGGAGGGGAAAAACGUACGUCGGAACGCUGCUCGAUUGCACUCGGCACGACUGGGCACCGCCAAGACGAGGUGGGAAGGAGAAAAUGCGAUUGAUCGCCCGCUCCAGGCCAAUAUUCCGCGUGCCCAGAAGGUGAAAGCAAACCAAACCUCAUAUCCGCGGAUGAAGGAAUGGUUCGUUCUCGGCCGAUUGUUUUCAAAGCAGCGGAUGGCCGCGCUGUUGUUUCCUCCCACGUAUCAGCGUAGAACGGGGGCUCCGGAGUUCAAUGCUGUGGUCCCCCGCAGGACCACGUUGCAGGAGAAGACAAAGCGAAACGCAACGUACAUAUUCCGAGGUUGCCAGAAGUGUCCGACGCCGCACGCGUCUCAAGGUCCGUGCGAGUCUGGGCUUAACACGAGGCAGUCACGCGUUUGA